AUGAGUGUUGAACCCAAUGCUGCGGGACCGGCUGGUGAAGUUGUCUGUGAUCAUGGUGGACGAGGUGGUGGAAGAGGGGGAUUUGGUGGUGGACGUGGUUUCAGCCGUGGUGGUGGUGGUCCACCUGGGCGAGGUGGCCGGGGUGGUGCUGGUGGACGCGGUUUAGGACGCGGCGGCCCUCGCGGCGGAAGUGGGAGAGGCGGACGUGGUGGCAGAGGAGGCGGUAGGGGGGGUGCCAGAGGCGGAUCCACUGUCAUCAUCGAGCCUCACAGACAUGCUGGCGUGUUCAUUGCCAAAGGCAAGGAACACCUUCUUGUCACCAAAAACCUUGUCCCUGGUGAGGCUGUCUAUGGCGAGAAGAGAAUAGCAGUCGAGAGUCCGCCAGAUCAAAAUGGUGAGAAGGUAAAAACUGAAUAUCGUGUCUGGAACCCCUUCCGCAGCAAAUUGGCCGCCGGUAUUUUGGGGGUUUUGUAUCUUGGCGCUGCCAGUGGUACUAGUGUCAGCCAUGUUGCCGACAUAGUUGGGCCCACUGGACUGGUGUACGCUGUCGAGUUCUCGCUGAGGUCUGGGCGCGACCUUGUCGAUAUGGCCAAGAAGCGUACGAAUGUGAUACCAAUCGUUGAGGAUGCCCGCCAUCCCAACAAGUACCGCGUACUUCUUUCUCUAGUCGAUGUUAUCUUUGCCGAUAUUGCCCAGCCAGACCAAGCCCGCAUCGUUGGGUUGAACGCCCACCAAUUCUUAAAACAUGGCGGACAUGCUGUGAUCUCCAUAAAGGCAAACUGUAUUGACUCGACAGUACCUGCAGAAGUUGUGUUUGCUUCUGAGGUGAAGAGAUUGCAGGAAGAAUUGUUUAAGCCACUGGAGCAGUUAACUCUUGAACCAUACGAACGAGAUCAUGCCAUUCUCAUCGCACAGUAUCUGAGGAAUAAAUAA